AUGGCGGGGAAUGAUACUACAAACCCGUCGCAGCUGCUGCCUCUAGAGCUUGUGGACAAAUGUAUAGGAUCAAGAAUUCACAUUGUGAUGAGGAGUGACAAGGAAAUUGUUGGCACCCUUCUAGGUUUCAAUGACUUUGUUAUUAUGGGAUUGGAAGAUGUCACUGAAUUUGAAAUCACACCAGAAGGAUGAAGGAUUACUAAAUGAGAUAAGAUUUUGCUAAAUGGAAAUAACAUAAAAAUGUUGGUUCCUGGAGAAGGACCUGAAGUAUGA